CGUGUACAUGGAGAAUGUGCAUUGUGAACCUAAAUAUCACAGCUAAUUAAUACAUAGCAAGAGACAAACAUCGCCGAUUGUCGAGUUACCUCUCUUCGUCUCAAGGAUAGUGAUACUGAAACCGCGUGUUACCAUUAAAAGAAUUGUUACUUUGGCUUUAACUAUUGAUGUAUUUUCUAAUGUAUGCGGUUACAAUAUGUUAUAUGUUAUUAACUUGAAUACCAAUACGCCGGCUACAGCGCGACAUCUUUUAUGAGGAAAUCUUAAGUGUAGGAUAACUUGCACGUUUAGACAUCUGGACGAAACUGUAAAAUGAUACGACAGAGUGCGUGCGAGUGAACACGAAGGUUAGCUGGCAGAACAAAGGUUUGUUUAAUUCAUGAACAUAAUAUCAUUGAAAAAGAAACGACAGCAAUUUGGAUAGUUUUAGUCGGGUUACAGGUAUUCAUGGCUAUCGAAUAUGCAGUAGUGGAAUGAAUGAAUGAAUGAGGUUAUAUUCAAAAGAAUUGGAUUUUGAAAGAAAACGUUUUGGAUAUUGAUCAAACCCGAUUUCUGAACCAUGAAGCAUGAAUGCCGUGAUUAGUGUUAACUAUAUAAAUCGCCUCAAGCGUCGAGGAUAUUAUUACAGCAGCCUGUGUGAGUCGGAUAUGAUUUUGACGAGGUGUAUCUGUGAUCUAAAACAUUGCGAACAAAGAAUAAACAAAAUAUGAAAUUUAAAGAUAAACACAGUGUACAGACAUUUGUUUUAAUGAUACUGUGUGCUAAAAAGAUAAGCAGUUCACCGGUAUUGAAGAUAACUUCCGUUUCAGAUUCAGCGAAAAGCACAAAAGGUUGGGAUAAGAAUGCCUAUCAGGAAAUUGAGGCUGGAAACUUCUCAGUCACACCGGAAACAGACUUUCAACUGUCCUCAGUGACACCAAACACUCGAAACACUGUUUAUCAUGAUCAAACAGGAAGUUUUAAACAGGAUCCUUUGGACUCGAAUGUUUCAACUACAAUAAGUACAAACUCAACUACCUCAAAUGACCGUACGGACUUUCACUCGAGUUUUAAUUUGGCGAUCAUUCCUGCAAUGGCGGCGGUUGUGUUUAGCGUGGCCGUGUGUCUGAAAUGCUGCCAGUGGUUCCGGCGGUACACGCGCGGCGGAGACGGCUCGAAGGAAGCGACCACGUAUGCCGUUAUCGUAGAAGACGGCGAUCAAGAUUAUGGCCACAUUGACAUGCUCUCCGAGACCACAUCCACACACUACGAUACCGUCUCAUCAUUCGCUUCCUUCUUAAAACGAGGGACGAACGACGCCACCAUAUCAUCAUUCCGUUCUUUAAAAAGCGAUAGUGACAAACGUUCUCCAAGAAAAUGGUUGUUAUCAAAGCUAAAUCACAGUACACAUACGUCCAAUCAAUGUGACCUUGAAAUGAGUGAUUCAAGUUUAUCAGUGCCUUCAAACAGACGUUCAUUGUUAAAGCAAAAUGUGCAUAGGCCAUGUUCAACGUCAAGCGACGACACAGAGACCGAUCCCCUGAAUUCCUCAGAUGCUUCCAUUCUACGAAAGAAUAAUCGCUUUCGUGUUUCUUUUGUGACAGACUAUACUCAAACAAGUACGAAUAGUCCAACUGGUUCACCUAGAUAUAUUCGAUCACCCGGACUAAAUGGACCUGCCAAACGGCCUUUGUCAACUAUAAAAUCCGAUUCGGGUGGUGCGAUAGAAGACAAUAAACGCACUUUAGACUUUCCUCAAAUGGUUUCAGUCGGCACGCAAACAAACAAGUCAUUCAGAUAUAGUUUGAAACGAGCACAAAGACGCCAUUGCAGUGAAAGUGGUGUGGACCCAACACAGUCACCGCCUUUAAAAUCCGACCUUACCAAGAAAAAGGAAAGGAACGAUAAUAGUGCGCUUACAAAUACAAAGUGUCGUGACAUUUCUAUCCGAGGAUUUGCAGCCAAUCGGCGUGACGGACAGGGAUUGCAUGACAGCCCGAACACUGUUGCCAGCGACACGCAAACACAUUAUCCAAUUGAGCCUAAUAUAGUAAUUUCAAGUGAAAAUAAUGAAAGCUGUAAAACCGAUCUAACGGACGAUGUUUUUGUAACAGAAGGUGACACAGAUGCUUUUGAGAUUUCUACACAAGCCACAUGUCGCCCGAAUACAAUUGUGGAAGAUGAAACAGCUCGGCCUCCCUCUGAAUCAGCAACCACACAAACCGACUGUGAACAAAAGGUCACAAAUAUAGCUUAUAAUGUAAAGAUUCCGAAGUCUGUUAGUGACCCAUAUGGUCUCAGGUUAAAUCAUUGCUCAUGCAACGUUGUGGAACCAUUAAAAAGUGAUUCAUCGGCUGUUACUUGUGUUGAAAAAACGAGGUCGAAUAGCAAUUCCAAAAAAUAUGCUUUUAAAAUGGAGACUGGGAACAAUGACAACACUACAUUUCAGACCAAUGAAACUAAAUGUGAGUGCAUUAAACAUAUUUGUAAACAGUGCGGGGAAACGCUGCCCAGAAUCAAAGCUCAAAGUGAGUCGCCUAAAGUCAGACGACAUAACUCUAACAGAAGCGAUACCAGAACGUUCAGUAUGACCUCCCUCGAAAGCAGCGGCUACGCCGAAGGAUUGUCCUCAGAUGGAUCGAUCCAAGGAUAAUUGCUUUUUCGUUCCAUUUUAUGAUUUUGUGAUAUUGUUUAAUAUUUAAACUGAUUGACCAUAUCAUACGUUUGUUAAUAACUUUGUCUUAUCCUCUUUUGAAAGAUUAUAUUUAUGCAAAAAAGCUAAACUUGUUCAUGUUCUAUA